AUGGGUCCUACGUCUUUGCCAAGUGUGACUCCCACUACGAGCCCAUCGCGUUCACCAACAAAUGUUCCAAGCUCCGAACCAACAAUCACAAGCUUUCAUUGGGUUGCCUGCGGUCGUCGAGGUCUCUGUUCUGGUUUGCCUGCUACACUGCAAAACUCAAACUAUGAAAGGAUUGGAGGGACUGGCAGUGAGAUUGCCAUUCGUUGUUGUUCAGAUACCAGUUUGCCGGGAUUCAGCAAGCAGGCUAGCUCAUGCCCAUACGCUGAGUCUUUCCUUGGCGGGGUUUGUUACAAUAGUGUGUCUCAUCACGAAGCCGUCGAUUUAUGCUCGGGAUUAGGGGCGAGGCUUUGCACGCAAGCUGAAUUAGAUGGCAACUGCGCAAGAGGCUACGCAGUUCUUGUUUUCGCCUAUGUUUCCGCAAGCUCCCCAUCGAAGAUAGUCAAUGAGUCGGGUUCUCUUCAUUUCGCUCCUGCCAAUCGUGAAUGCGCUAGAGGAGCCUAUUUUCGUUACAAUUUUGGGAACAGCGGUGGUCAUAUACAGUACGAUAUUACGUACGCCCUCUUUCCUUGGCCCUCUUCUACAAUCUUAAUGAAGACUGAUCAAUGUUUACCACAUACUCUUCUGUGGAUGGACAACAAAGGAAUACUAGCGUAUUUUCUCAAGCGUGUACGGGCAAUCCUUGGAAACAAGAGGCAAAUGAUCCAAAAUGUAUUGUAA